AUGCUCCUUGCGAGAGAGCGGGAGAAGCCGUUCGGUCAUGGUGCGACUUUGCUACGUCUGCGUGGCGGCAUAGUGCAAGAGAGCAUCCCGCAAUCUCUCGCGGCCGCGGUGAAACGAGGUGAAGUGGCGGGAGAGGUCGUUGGAAGAUACGCAGCCGCGCUUGCAAAGCUUCCGCACAACUUUCGCUGGAUUUUGAGGUUCGAGAUCAUCUGGCGGAGGAUGCUAGCAGACGAGGACCUCUUCCUCAAGAUGUCCACUGAGGCGCUCAUGGGCUGCAGCAUGCAGGCGGUGGCGGAGAUACAGCAACGAGGAGGAGCGUUCCUUCAACAACUCGACCUCGUGAGCGCUGAUUUGUUCAUUGUGAUGAUCCAGUGCCUGGCGUGCGUUGUGUACGCUGCUCCGGUCGUUCAGACGCAUGACGAGGACCGGGGGGCCCUAGGGAGAUUCCUGUCCGGCUGCCCUUCUAGUGUGUUUGGGAAGAGGCCAAACCAAGACGCUCCCCCGUUUUCUGCUCUUCAGAGACUCUUUGCUUACCUCAAGCCCAUGCCAGCUCUGUUCAUCAUCGGGUCUGGCGCGUCUGUCUGCGGAUACGUUUACAGCUCCCUGCUGCUGCAGCUGCGAUUCUUCCUAUCAACCCUCAAGAAGAUGGUGCGGAGCAGGAUUCGGUUCAGCGGGCAGAAGGGGAAGACGAGCUACAGGUGA